UGUUGAUUUUGUUUGUGUGAUGGCUGCCUCAAAACAUGAUGAUUUAUAUGAGAUAAUUGGCAGUGAUCGUUCAGCGUCUAAAGAAGAGUUGAAGAAGUCUUACCGCAAGGCUCUUUUGCAGUGUUAUCCAGAUAAAGUUGAAGACAGUAAGAAAGAAGCUGCUUUGCAGGAAUACCUCAAGUUAGAAUCAGCAUGGAAGGUUUUGGGUGAUGAUGAUUCAAGAAGACGUUAUGAUAUGUGUAUAAGAGACAGCAGCAGUGUAAAGGGUAGAGCUCUAAAGAAACCAUCAAAUGUUACUAAUCCUCUGAUCGGUUUCUAUUUUAUGACAGAAAAGCAUGUACAACAAACUGUUGCAGUCAAUGAAGAAGUAGAGGUUGAAGACAUGGACUUUGAAGAUGAUGUGGCAUAUUAUCCUUGUCGAUGUGGUGGCAAUUACAUAAUCCAGGAAGCUGAGGUGUCAAACGAUGUCAUCGUUGCCUGUGACACCUGCUCUCUGCACAUUAGGCUGAUUGUGACCGAUCAAGGGGAUGAUUCAGAGAAUAUUGUUGAAGAGAAUCCAACAUGAAAGCGAUUUAUUAUUAUUUUUUUGACCUCUGAUGUGAAAAUAAGCUUCCUCUUUAGCAAAGUGCUAACUACUGGAUGUUAGCGCAAGACAAAUGCUGGUUCGUUGAAAAGCACUUUUACUUAGUGUUAGGCCAAACAAAAUGCUAGUUGUUUUAGCCUCCCUGAGGCACAUAACAGACGUGUAAAACCAGCCUAAGGUAUCAACCACAGGAGGCAGAUGUAUAAAAUGCACUUCAUACAUGAAGAGCAUUUUCAUCAUCUGAUAUAUUUAGACACCGUAAAUCAUCAUUGGCGAUUUGAUUUAAAGAGAUUUACAUUGACACAUUGUAAAAACAGACAUAAGAGUGUUUGACAUCAAUUGAACAUGGUAUAAAAUACUUUUCACAACUGCUUCAGUCGCAUAUGUCAAGUUUGUUAGGGUGCCAUCUUCAAAGAGUUGGUAAAUCAUCAGUGAUUUGCGCGUCCUUUUGGUGACAGUAGGUUUCCUGCUUUUGCGUCUCCCGGGCAGUAAUGCCAAAUAAAUAAAUAAAUGGGGGAAAAAAAUUCCUAUCAAAUAUACUGUAACAAUAGCUACAUAUACAGUAGUGUUAUGUUAGCAUUUUACUUCAAUUUCUUCUCAUAAUGUUCGCUAUCAUGUUUUUCCAACAAUAAUUAUUAAUUAAAAUUGUUUUCAAAUCCAAUACCAAGUAUAGUUGCCAAAUAAACGAGGAAUUUAUUAAAUCCUAUUUUUAAUGCCUGAUUUCAUUUUUUUUUUGGCAUUGUACAGACG